GCCUCCUGUGCGAGAACAUGACUCAAAACAGAGUAACAGAAAACCGAAAUAUAAACUUCUACUAAUAUAUUAGGGAAGUUAAUGAAGAUGAUAAAUGUAUAGUUAUAUAGUGGAUGAGCACACGAGGUCGACUUUUAUUUAUUUAUUUAAUGUAACAUUAGUUAGCUAGCAUGAUUAUACAGACUUAUAGACUACUCCAUGCAGCUUGCUAGCUUUGGCGACUUUUCUUCAUUGACAGAUGACACUGAAUGGCGUCAUGGCGUUAAUCUGUGCUCGUGUUCGUGUCCGAUCCGGGGUUGUUUUGAGCUGCCGUUUAUUUUCCUCGGUGCCGAUAAGAAGAGACAGAGAAGCGCGUCAGGAUGUUCCGCUAUUCCGGUAUGUAGGAGAGCGCAGGAAGCCCACUGAUAAAGUGUUCGUGUGGGGCUUCAGCUACACCGGAGCGCUCGGCAUUCCCAGUUUUGUGGUUCCCAACAGCGGCCGGAAAAAGCCGAGAAAAUACCAACUGACCCCUUACCGCCUCGACACAGAGCAAAAGAUCUCUUCAGCAGCCUGUGGUUAUGGCUUCACAUUACUGGCAUCGAAUACCAAAGACAUCACUAAAGUGUGGGGUAUGGGCCUCAACAAAGAUUCCCAGCUGGGUUUCCAACGUACCCAACACAACCGGCAUAAAAGUUAUGAAUAUGUGUUGGAGCCGUCCCCUGUGUCUCUGCCGCUGGCGAACCCUCAGGAGACUCGAGUCCUCCAGGUUUCCUGUGGUCGAGCGCAUUCUUUAGUGCUCACAGACUCUGAAGGAGUGUUCAGCAUGGGUAAUAAUGCUCACGGUCAGUGCGGGAGGAAAAUCAUUGAGGAUGAAGUUUACAGUGGCAGCCAUGUUGUCCACAAGAUAGACGGAUUUGAUAGUCGAGUUAUUCAGGUGGUGUGUGGGCAGGACCACAGUUUAUUCCUGACUGAAUCUGGAUCUGUGUAUGCCUGUGGCUGGGGGGCAGAUGGACAGACAGGUCUGGGUCAUCACAACAAGGCUGCGUUGCCUGUCCGAGUUGGUGGUGACCUGGACGGGGUCAAAGUUCAGCAGGUGAGCACCUAUGGAGAUUGCAGCUUGGCCGUGUCCGAGGAUGGUCACGUCUUUGGCUGGGGAAACUCGGAGUACCUGCAACUUGCCUCCGUCACCGAAACCACACAGGUCAGCUCUCCACGGCUGCUUCCUCUGAAAGGAAUAGGGAAGGUGAAGCAGGCGGCAUGUGGAGGAACUCAGGUCGCUGUACUGAACGAGGAUGGAGAAGUGUUUGUUUGGGGUUAUGGAAUCCUGGGAAAAGGGCCUAAUCUGUCUGAAGCCGAGACCCCAGAGAAGGUGCCAGCGACGCUUUUCGGGAAAUCCGAAUUCAACCCAACGGUGAAGGUGUCCCACAUCCGCUGUGGCCUCAACCACUUUGCAGCCAUCACAGAUCGUGGUGAGCUGUUCGUCUGGGGCAAGAACGUGCGAGGAUGUCUUGGCAUCGGGAAACGGGAUGAUCAGUAUUUUCCAUGGCGGGUGACCGUUCCGGGCCACGUGGUGGACGUUGCAUGUGGCGUGGAUCAUAUGGUGGCGCUGGUCAAGUCUCUCAUUUGAGCUGAAGCUGUGGUGGACAUCACACCACUUCCUGUUCUAAAUCUUCCACUGAGCAUUCUUCAAGCAAGAGCAGGCGGAUUUAGCGCGAGUAGGACCACCUCACAGAUUUGGGAAAAACUGAAAAAGGAAAUCUGUGCACAUUCAAGUAAUGACAUUAAGCUGCUUAUGCACCUGAGCAUCAACUGCCCUACCAUCAAAACCAGCCGAAACCCAGCUGGAAUAUUUCCCUUUUUUUUUUACUCUGUUUAUUAUUGUAUUUUUUGGAGCGAGCCACUUUAAAAAGAAAAAAGGAUUAAAGAUCCGUGAACGUGAUGCGAGUGACUCGAGUCUUGCGUCAGCGCAGAGAAACCCAACAUCUGUUACACUUGGCUUUUGUUGUACAAUGACUCAAGUGUGUUCUGUAAUAAACUUGUCUUAAAAUAG